AUGGAUUCGUUGGGAGAUUCAGAGGAGGAGACGUCGCCUGCACCUGAAGAGUCGCCUGAAAAACCGGCCGAGGAACCUAGACCACCGGAUAAAGAGGGUGAACAGGCGAAUGGGGAGACAUCGGCGACCGCGACGACAACGACGACAGCAGCGGCUGCUGGAUCUACAUCGAUAUCGACUGCUUCGACCUCAACAAAUGGCACGGGGACACCGGCGCCUACCUCUGCAGCUGCGACUGCUUCGCCUGCCCCGACACCCGCCCCCGCCGCCGCUGUAGUUCCGCCCCCUCCUGCUUCUCAUGCUCCCGCACCGACGCCGACACCUGCACCUGCUGCUAUACCUUCACAGCCGCCUGCACCACCCACACAUCCUGCACAGGCCAUGCAACCUCCGCCAAUGCCACACGCACACGGAUAUCCCCACCAGCCGUAUGGAUAUCCAUAUCCUCAUACGCCCUACUACCCGCCGCCACCUGCAUAUCCGUACUCGCAUCCUCAAUAUCCGCCAUACCCUCAUCACCAGUACCCUCAACCUCCUCAAGCUCCUGGCUAUCCGCCGCCUCCUGCAUCCAUGUACCCGCACCAUCCUGCACCGCACAUGCCUCCAAUGCAAGACGGUAAUGCGGGAGACGAUCUUCCCAGUUACGAAGAGAUGAUCGUGGAGGCUUUACAGGAUAGUAAUGAUCCUGAAGGGCCGUCGGCUAGUCAGGCGCUUCAGAAGGCAUAUAAGCGCGGGAGGCUGGAAAAGAGUAGUAACAACAAGUAUCGUCUGAAUGCUGCUUGGGAAGGAGGAAGUACUUCCAGACGGACAACUAGGCGACCCCAGACACAUCCUCAUUCGUCUAGUAGUCAGAUCACGAGUUCACCAUUCACCAAUGCUCCCCUGGUUCACCAUCAUCACCAAAAUCAACACAACCAACAUUUCCCUCCACAUCCGUAUGGCUAUCCUUACUCGCAGACGCCAUAUCAGGCCCCGCAACCCCAACAAUCCCAACCUCAGCCUGCGCCUUCAACAAGUACCAACCCUUCUUCUGCAGAACCCAAAACAACUGCUCCUCCCGAAAGUUCUGGCGCUUCUUCGGACGCGUACGAAGCUGCACAGAACAUUUUAAAAGCCAUCAACUUUGGAAGUUUACUGCAACUUCCGGCAGAAGAGACGCAAGAAGGCGUCGCUGCUGCUUCAAAGGAUGCUGGUUCAUCCCAGUUGGUAUUGCAUCAACAACAGCAGCCUCCGCAACAUACCGCUCCUUCGGGUACACUAGCCAUUGAGCCUCCUGCGCUUCCAGGACCCGAGGCAGCUGCACGAGCGGAACUCCAAGCACAGCUUGCUCUUCUUGCCGCCCAACUCACGGAGUUGACGAAGAUCGACGAUCAUCAUAACCUGCAGACUCAGGGUGCACCACAACCGGUGCUAGCGGCGAUCGAGCCACCACCGCAGGGAGCAGCGCAACAAGAGCAACAACCGUUGCCAGCGUUGCCAGGUCCUUUGGUCCCACAGCCUCAGAUGCAGCAGAUCGUACCCGCGACGAUCCAACAACAUUUGCAGCAACAGCCUCCGCAACCACAACAGCAACCACAGCCGCCUCCACCCCCAACACCUCUCGCUCUUCCUGCGCCUCCGGUUAAUGGCGCAUCUGGAACAACAACUCAACCACCGCCUUCGCCAGCCAUGGUUGGACUUCCCCCUGCACCUCUACCUCCUUCCGCUGCACCUCAAACUCAGCCUGAGAUACCAGAGGAAGAGGAAGAAGAGGAAGACGUGUUUGGACCGGAGGGGGGAGAGACGGAGAGCGACGAUGAUGACAUGGAAGCUGUGAUUUGA